CAAUUACAAUAGACAAUAACCACCAAUAUAAUUAUUUCAGACAAUAAAUUAGUCUUGCACUUCUCACGGGCAAUAAGUAUCUGCUUGACAUGCCAAUUACAAGAGACAAUCGCCAUCAACGUAAUUAUUUCAGACAAAUACUUGGUCUGGCGCUUCUCAAACGUACACGUACCCGCUCUGUGAUAGCUGCAUCGCCUCCCUUGCUCUCUCACAUGACCAAAAGUCAUGCCGAGCUCGGGGAUUGGGCUGCUCGUUUUGAUUGGUCAUGCCAGUCACGUGGUCACACAGACUGGCAACGAUGCAAAACGUCUUUACGAGCAGAUGUUUGUGACUGACAUGUACAACAAAUGGAUUCGCCCUGUUGACAAUCAAUCCAGUGCCAUAGAUGUGUAUGUAAAUCUGUACCUUCUGUCAAUCAACGACUUAAUAGAAACAGACGAGGUUCUAACGACAACAGCGUUUCUGUCCGUGAGCUGGAAUGACACGUUUCUGAAAUGGGACCCACAUACAUUUGGGGGAAUCAAGUUAUAUCAUUGGCCCCAGGACGCAGUUUGGAAACCGGACAUCGCGCUCCACAACUCAUAUCUGGAUUAUAAAGGGCUUGGUGACAAGACUCUGAACGUCUUGAAUAGACACACAGGCGCGAUGAACUGGAAUCCAUUUCAGGUGUUUAAAUCAACGUGUUCCAUUGAUGUCUUCUACUUCCCAUUCGACUACCAGACAUGUUACCUUAGAUUCCAGGCUUGGAGUUUUUCGAGACGACAGGUGCACAUGAAAAGUGGUUUCAAUGCUUCCGAAGGGUUUAAUCUUGAGUACUACGAAACCAACACCAAGUGGGGCAUCGUCAACACCAGUUGGCACGUCUAUCGUGACAAACAAGACGCUGCAAUAAACUUCAAAAUGACUCUUAAAAGAAAACCUAUGUAUUUCAUGAUGUCCGUUCUAUUGCCGAUAUGUAUGCUAUCUAUUUUAAACAUCUGCGUUUACAUGAUUCCUGUUAACUCUGGGGAGAAAGCAGGCUACGCUGUCACUGUUUUUUUAUCGUUUGCCGUGUUUUUAAGCAUAGUUUCUGACACCAAUCCACAAAACUCCGAAACAACCCCCUUAAUCACGUAUUUUCUCGUCAUGCAAACAGCUUCAAGCGCUCUGACAACAAUGCUUGCCCUCGUAUUCUCUCGACUGGAAAGCUUUGGAGAUGCAAAAGUUCCUAGUUCACUUGUAAAACUUAUGAAUCUAAUGAGAUGUCGCCCAUGUCUAUCAUGUGCUCGAAAGACUAAAGGUAAUGUAAUCGAACCAAUUGAUGACUCAGAAAAUGCAACGGACACGCCUAAGAAGGGCCCUUCUGUAAAAAUUGAUGGGACAGAUGCUGUUAACUUUCUAGACUUCAUGUGUUUUGUUCUGUUCUCGCUUCUGUUUAUAAUCUCGAUUAUGGUUUGCUACGUCUUGGCCACUUCAAAAGGUAGAGUGUACAACGAAGAAUUCAACUACAAAAGCAAAGACAUGUACGAGCAAUAUGGCGACACAUUGAUUAACGAUGGUACAAAUACUGAUCAUUCGGGUGAUGGUUAUGGGGAUGGUUAUGGGGAUUACCAUUACGAUUACUAUAAGUAACGAUUCCAAUCGCUGAAUUAUACAAAAAAUUCUUGCAACUGGUACUGCCAAAAUAAUCUGACAAUUUAAAUCUUGCUUGCGAAGAAAUCAUUUUUGUAUAAACUGGCACAUGCACUCAUUAGAUUUCCGAACAUAUUAUUGUCUCUUCUUCUAUUUUUUAUAAUCAAACAUCUGAAUUUGUAUGACCAUUUGGACUUCGUAUAUCGACAAUUGUGCAACCUCCGCUGUAUACAUUACCGCAUAUUCUAUAAGUUGUAUUAUUAUAAUAAAGUUUUCUUAUUAAUAUAUAUUAAACAUAACGCAAACAUUAUCAUAUUACCUACACUUUAAAUACACAAAAAGUUGGAAAUAGGUCCUUGUAGAUUUCGCUUACCAAAAGGAGAAAAAAAAUCAAUUGGCGAAAUGUCAGCGAUGUAGAAAGCUUGUAUUGUAUUCUUACACAAGCUCUAUUUUCUUGUUGCAGAGAUUUUUGGGAUUUGUUUAGAUUCGGCAAUCUAUUCCUGUUGUUAAAUAGUAGCUGUUCAACGGUCCUCAAGUUGUGUAUCCCAUCGGGACAAUUAAUUAGUAUAAGUUUAGAAUGUAUAUGUACACUAUGCAAAUCCAUAAUAUAAACACUUUAUUUUGGGAUUGCCUUAAUACACGAUAAUUCGUUUUAGUACCAGCCCAUGGAUAUUUUAGGCCAUUAGUUUACCCCGAUGCUUCAUAACACGUGCAUAACAUAGACGUUUUGUGAAAUUUCUUCACUGAUUUAGAGUGUUUAAUAUUCUGGUUUUAAUGACGACAUUCUAUGAAUGAGAUUUAUCAUACUUUGCUGGUUUCAUUUUUUUAACCAACUGAUUCUGAUUUAUUAGUAGUGUUCAUUUAUUUACAUGAUUUUACUAUGUGAUGUACUUUCAAGCUGUUUUUGCUUGCAUAGUUAUUUUAAUAUCAUUUUACUGAAAUCACUUGUUUACUGGUUUUAUGUAUUUAAUAAUACGUAUUUUGAGUGAAUCAUUAUAUUGAUUAUUUUGUAACCGAAUAAACUGGUUUAAUUUAUUUAAAGCACGUGUAUUGCCUUUGUUGAUCUCUGGAUAUAGUGCAUAUUAAUGAAUGGUUUUA